UAAAGACAUUUAAAUUUGUGGGAAACAAAUUUCGCGAUCCCCCUGCAGUACCUCCACGGACCCCCUGUUGAAGACCUCUGGUCUAUAGUAUGAGCACACCAACUUCACAACUCGGGAAAUGGGACCUUCCGAGGAGCAUGUGAACGCAACAUCAGCCCCUCCCCCCUUUUGUUCACGUCACGCUUUUCCUCUACGGGUCGUCAUGACGACGGCGUUGUGAAGGCAUCCAGCGCCUCUCUGCCUGUGUCGAGCAGAGAAAAACCCACCAGGACAAGCUGCAGGAUUUCCUCAAUGACUGCUGCUUCCUGAAGAAAGAAUAGCGAUACACACACAUGCGAAAUGCAUCAUGGGAUAGAGCCUGCCUCCUCCUGAUCUCACCGUGAAGUAAACUGACACAAACCAGGAGAGUAAUGGCGACAUGUGAAGAAGCAGAUCUCACAGUGUGUGGAUCAGAUGAGGAGCCUUCACCCCAGGAGGAUGAGGAGGAGGAGCAGCUUUACCGGACACCAGAGGGGAGAAGAAGUAAAAGACCUGCUGACAUCCUGUUGGAUCUCAGUGAGGAGGCCGACCUGAAAGAACUGGAGCCAUAUCAGUAUCAUCUGUACUCUGGUGUGGAAGAAGCUGUCUGUGGUUGGGACAGAGUUGCUCCACUGAGCUGCAUUCUUCUGACUCAGAAGAAAGACAGGAAAUGGACAACAGAACCAAAGGAGGCUGACAAACCAACCAUCUCUGCAGAUCCGACACCUGUUACAGCAGAAAGCUCAGCCAGCAUCGCAGAGCAGCGCUGUGAGUCGCGUCCAGGACUUUGUAACCAACAGGGAGAAUCUUGCAUUAACAAUGCUGUGGCAGCUCUGCAGCUAGAUAUCACAGAAUGGCCUUUCGUCAAUGCCAUGCAGAAAACUACAUCACAUCACUUCCCAGAAACGACAGAGGAAGGAUGGACUCUUGGAGCGACUUUGCGGCCUCAUCAUCUGUCCACAAAAUGCACCGUGUCAGAGAAAAGACAUAUUAAGCCUCAGAAACACAGCCACAGGCCCAACAGCACCGUGGUUCCCAUCAAGACCUACACAUUCUUACCACCAAUCAAGCCGCCACAUCUGAAUCCCAAAGUUGACGGCCAGACCUGCAGUGGCAGGAAGGCUUCAGGGGGCGUGAACUUGCAGGAAAGAGGUUUCAUGUUGGAUAAGAGAAGCGGGAGGAGAGGAAGAAGAGAGGAGCCUGUUGCAAACGCUGGGCUUCCCAAUCACCCUGCAGCCCUGACCUCCACACACCAGACAUGUCACCAUAACGCACCCUUGUCUUAUGCAGGUAGUGUUUCUAUUCCCAAAGGGUAUCAGCUGUCCGUGUCCUCCAAACCUGACACAGAGCAAUACGGGCGCUACAUGAUGGGUGAGAGCCUCACACGGAUCCUCCAGGGCAGCACUGCAGCAGGUGCCCAAACCCACCUGCACCCCAGCUGCCUGUUUUCUUAAGGAACAAGCUUGUGUCUGCUGUCACGCUGUGUGAGGCCUGUGCAAUAAAACCUCUAAUUUCAUGUGAUGAUGAUGGUACCACAACCUUUAAUAUCUCAGGUUCUACAAAGUCUUCACUGCAUCGUAUAAUGUUGCCAUCACCGUAGAUGGAAGAAAUUGCAGUAAUUGCAGAGAUAAUUUGUUUUUCAUCCGCAGUCCAAUAUAAACCUUCAGAGCAUACUCACCAUAACAAUAGAAGUCCAUUGAUGAGCUCUUUAUGUCAUCUGGGACUUUAUUUUCCUCUGACCAGUUCCCACAAGUGCUUCUUCAGCUGUUCAAGUUGCCUAGCAACCAUUGCCUCUCACAAUCUGCUUUUCAAACUCCAAUGAAUUUAGUAUUGGUAUUGCACAUGUAGCCUCCGUCGGUACAUGCAAACUGUGUCCAAACUCCUGCAUCUGUUCAGUUGAUCAGUCAGUGAUUCCUGGUGGUUGUGGCACCGUGUACAAGGGUUAUCAGAGCAGUAUUAUACCGAGAUCCCUAAAUCAACUGUGUCACAUUGAUCUCCAAAAACCUUUUACUACUUACAUUGUGACAAGCCGAUUACUUUAUUAUACUACCUCUUUUGUAUUGAGCUGCCUUGUGAAUUAAAAGAAACCUACAGAUAAAGUGAAUAGAAGUCUGGUUCUAUCGGGUUUUGGAUCUAGUGAAUUUAAAUAAACUAGAAUGGCACAACAGUCCUCUUAAAUUCAAAGCUGCACCAAAUUUUACACUGAUACAUAUCAUUCCCCUAAAUGUACCUAUGUUUUUCAUCAACAUCCCUGUUCGGAAAACUGAAAAUAUUGAAAAAACGCCCCGUCUUUAAUGUUAAAGACAGUGAAAAAUAAUUCCUGCAUCAGCACCAAUAUUUAAUAGGUUCUUUGCUGACCUAUACCACAUCCUUCCACCAUGUUUCAUGAUAAUCUGUCCAGUAGUUUGUGUCAUCUUGCUUACAAUAAACAAACCAACAAGCAAACACAUAGGGGGAAAUAAAACCUCUUUGACGGAGGCAAUAAAGAAGUAUAAGAAAGGGUUGACAAACUCAAAUCUCAUUCAAUCUCUCAGUUUGUAAGUUUCACACAGGAGAACAAAUUGCACACUGAAGAUAACUUCAACCUGUGCAUUUUAUUCCCCUGAGCAAAGCUGCAGUCUCGUUGAUUUGGAUACAUGAACUCUCAGAAGAAUGUGUUCUAAUCCACCACACUGUUUGUGUUUUUACUAUUUCAACACGUGUUCAAUAUUAAAAAUGUGUCAAAAAAAUAAAAAAUAAAAAUUGUCAACUGA